UAUAGGACAGUCCGUACGUUCAACAUGGCGUCCGUCAAAUCAUUGGGACUCCUUCUCAGCCUUGUGCUUGUGCUGCAUUGCGGUUAUGCAGAGGUCGCGUGUGACGGUGACGCGAUCAUAUGCGCAGACACCGGAAAAUGCAUUCUGCGCAAAUGGGCAUGUGAUGGUGACAAAGACUGUGAAGAUGGGACAGACGAACUCAACUGUAACGAUACCUCUACAAACGCCAAAACAACGGCUAGUGGGUAUUCAACAUCUACCGCGACGAUAUCUAAAGAAAUAGUAUCAUCAUCAGCAUCCGGAACUGCAACGCAAUCUACAAAACCAGACUCUGUAACAUCACCAAUGGUAUCACACUCCACGUCAUCAAUGACGGCCGGAACCAAAGGGCCAUCUACAAAACCUGAAACUGUGACGUCACCGAUGAUUUCACAUUCCACGUCAUCAAUGACGUCCGGAACCAUAUUGCCAUCUACAACUCCUGCAAGUGUGCCGUCAUCAGAAUCGUCAACAAAAUCAAGGACUUCAAUAUCUACAAUGACGUCAUCGUCGUUAAUGGAAACCACAUCGACGUCAUGUGUAGAUUCUUUAGGUGACACGUGCAAAUACGUCGUCAGGACGCAAAAGUGUUCAUCGCCGGAAGUGCGUAAGAACUGUCAGAAGUCGUGUGGCUGUGGCCAUGGUUUGUCAAUAGAUAUACCGGAACCUCCGGAACUAACCCUUCUGAUGACAUCAUCAACAGGUAUAAUGACGUCAGCGGCGGAUUGCGUAGAUGUCGAUACAACCUGUGAAACACUUAAGUUUACGAUAGAAAUUUGUAGAGCUACAGAAUCAGCAUAUAAAUUGUGCAGGAAAACGUGUGGACUCUGCAGAGACACCUUCACCGAGCCGAUGACGUCUACUUCAGCAACAGUUGCUGCAACAACAGAAAGCUUUCCAUGCGGUGCGCAUGAGUUCUAUUGCGCUUCUGGAAAUUGUAUUACUGCGCAAUGGAGGUGUGAUUCGGUUGAGGAUUGUUCGGAUGGUUCUGACGAAAGAGGCUGUGACGCGAAUAUCGUCAGAACUAUACAACCGUUAAUACAAGUAACAAAUACUCCAAACCCCACGACUGGAAGACCUACAGAGCCAACGACAUCAACACUGCCAUUAGCGAUGACGUCAUCGGCAUCUGUGGUCACGACAUCGUCGCGUGAUUGCAUUGAUCAUAUUUCCACAUGCGACACACUUAUAGUCUCCAUAGAUAUUUGUAAUGAUACAGAAUCUGCGUACACGUCUUGUCGAAAAACAUGUGGACUGUGUGAUGGAAUUUCUACCGUUCUGAUGACGUCAUCGACACAUCCGGCGCAUCCAACUGAUCAUCAUGCUUGUGAACAGAAUGAGUUCCUGUGCGGUACGGGGUCGUGUAUCCCCUCACAGUGGCGUUGCGAUUCGGUUGAAGAUUGUGUUGACGGCAGUGACGAAAAAGCUUGCACGUCAAAUAUCAAAACAAUUCAACCUUUGAUCGACCCGCAUUCAACUCAUGCACCAACGUCUAGAUCAACAGUUUCGAUGACGACAUUACCCGUGAUGACGUCAUCAUCUCAUGUAGGAAUGACGUCACCAAGUGAUUGCGUCGAUUCGAAUACCACGUGUGAUACAUUGAUGUCAUCCAUAGGCAUUUGUAAUGAUACAGAAACUGCUUUAAAACUGUGUCGGAAAACUUGUAAUUUAUGUGGUUUUAAUUCAACAGAUACCCAGACUGUAUCUCUGCUUCAUAGUACGAAGGAGCCAGCGACGUGCCGGGGGUUCCUCUGCGGUAACGGACAUUGUCUACCAGAAACUUUUCACUGCGACGGUGUCAAAGAUUGCUCUGACGGAAGUGACGAAUCUAGCUGUGAAAGUCAUACGUGCGGUACGAACGAGUUCCAGUGUCAGACAGGGUCGUGUGUUCCCACGAGCUGGAGGUGUGACGCUGUGGAGGACUGUUCGGACGGCUCGGACGAGAAGGGAUGUUCACAUGGAGGAAGGAGUUUACGGUCAAUUGUAUCGUGGAUGAGCCGGCAACGACCUUAUGGUAUACGCGCAGCUUCAACAAACAAAAAUUGCCAUGACGAAUUCAAUGACGAGAUCUGCGAUUUCCUUAGGCCACAAUGUCACCAGCCAGAUAUUAUCGAGAAAUGCAGAGCGACAUGCGGCUAUUGUGAUCAAGGCAUCCCUGUUGUAACAACACCCAAGCCAUUAACACACAGCCCUGGUACCGUGCCACAUGUUACAGCAACGCCGCCGCCAGAGGGCGCCACAGUACCUGGCGUUUCCGUUGGAUCUUUUGCAACUACUAACGGGUUGACCUUUGCACCUUCCAGUGCCCCCUGUAGUGGCGCGUGCUGUGACGAAAUGUCGGCCGAGUUCUGUGUGUUCGCCAAUCAGUGUGACAGCUACAGUGUGGCGCUAAAAUGCAAACGAACGUGUGGACUGUGUACACCAGAUGGCACUGAAACAACCAAAGCUGAUACAACGACCACUCCAUUAUCAGGGGAUCAUUUCAACACUACCAUGGCAAGACGACGACAGGUGGACCCCUCAACUCGUCCGUCGACUACGGAAACUCCGGCGGACUGUUUUGACGAAUUCAAUGAUGAGAUUUGUGACUAUCUUCAACCACAAUGCUUCAACCCAGAUAUAAUCAUGAAAUGUAGGAAGAAGUGUGGAUAUUGUGGCAAGGAUAUCCCUGUCGUGCCAACACAAAAACCGUUUACGUACAGUCCGGGAACUGUGCCACACGUCACAGUUACACCAGGGGGCGUCACUGUGCCCCACGUCACAGUAACACCAGGGGGCGGCACUAUGCCAGCUGCAACUACUAAUGGACUUACGUUUGCGCCAUCAAGCGCUCCCUGUAGUGGCACGUGCUGUGACGAGAUGUCGGCAGAGUUCUGCGUGUUCGCCAAUCAGUGCGACAGCUACAGUGUGGCAAUCAAGUGCAAACGGACGUGUGGAAUGUGUACACAAGAUGGCGCUGUAACAACCAAACCUGAUACGACGACCACUCCAAUGCCAGGAGAUGAAUUCAAUACUACCGUUGAAAGAAGACGACAGGUGGACUCCUCGACGCUUCCGUCGGCUACGGAAACUCCGGACUGUUUUGACGAAUUCAAUGAUGAGAUUUGUGACUAUCUCAAACCACAAUGCUACAACCCUGAUAUCAUUAUGAAAUGUAGGAAGAAGUGUGGAUAUUGUGGCAAGGAUAUCCCUGUCGUGACAACACAAAAACCAUUUACGUACAGUCCGGGAACCGUGCCACACGUCACAGUAACACCAGGGGGCGUCACUGUGCCAGGUGCAACUACUAAUGGACUUACGUUUGCGCCAUCUAGCGCUCCAUGUAGUGGCACGUGCUGUGACGAGAUGUCGGCCGAGUUCUGCGUGUUCACCAAUCAGUGCGACAGCUACAGUGUGGCGCUCAAGUGCAAACGGACGUGUGGAUUGUGUACACUAGAUGGCACUCUAUCGGUCAGUUCUGGAACGACUGAUAUGCCAUCUACAAUAUCACUUCAUCCUUCAUCAGAAAUGAGCACAACCUCCCUACGACCCAAAAUGACGUCAGCAGUGAUGCCGUCAUUGUGUGAAGACGAAGACAAAGACAAUUGUAUGGAUUUAUUGCUACAAUGUAGCGAUCCCGCGGUUGCGCAACGAUGCCAACAGACUUGCCAGGUAUGUACCACUGAUCACGGAGAUGACAAACAGGGAUUGAAAAAGAGGCUGCUAGUACAAACCGGAAAUGCGUCAUGCACCGAUGAAGCAGAUUCAAGUUUCUGUCAGUUCUUGUCCGAUCAAUGUUCCUCCUAUGCUGUCAGAAGUAGGUGUCUCAGCACGUGCAAUUCAUGUGAUUUAGCGACAAGGCAACCGUCUACUAGUAAACACAGUACUUAUCCACUAAGUCCCGGAAGUGCAGUUCCUUCUGGAACUACCGCUCCUAAUCCAGUCACAAUACAUCCAACCGUCGGGAGCUGUGUAGAUGCGAUAUCUGCUGACCUUUGUUCAUUGCUUAAAAGUCAGUGUUAUUCCAAUGCCGUGGCCGUCAACUGUCGCCACACUUGUAAUUCGUGCCAUUUACAAGCUCCAUCGACUGGCCCAACUGUAGGUACAACCGACUCACCACAAUCCGGUAUGUCUACAAAAGGCUAUGUCGUUACAACCGGAAGUAGUAUUGUGUCCACAGGAGCACCACCCGCUCUUGUCUGCAAUAAGAUGACCGACGCUCAGACCAUAGUUGCCGACCCCGUGCAUAGAGUAUGCUAUUACCACUUCACGCAAGGCGAAAAAGUAGCGGAGGCAACGGCUAGAUGCGGCAGGGUCAACUUACACUUGGUUCACCUGGAAACGGAAGAGGAGGAACUCUUCCUUAAUACAAAACUACAAGCCGCCGGACAUGCCGACCAGUUCUGGCUUGGUCUGGAGAAGAUUGGUGGUCAGUGGGUCUGGGUGGACGGUCCCCGUCAUACCCCUGUGACGUCAGAGACUCACUGGGAGGGAUCUGAUGGAGGUACAUACGCAUAUAACACUCCACCAGAUCACUGGAAGCCCGCUUCUGACAGUAUGUACUAUAAGGCCGUGUGCGAGGAUAAUAUGCCCUAGUAUACACGCUUAGGACGGAACUUGUUUAUGACGUCAUUGCCGACACACAUCAACUGGAACAAUAAAUUGGUAAUCAUUGUCUAGAGGUUUUGAAUGGUACAAUCGUUGUUAUUUACACUCAAAUACGUCAUCAAUUUAAAAAUAUAUUUGAUGAUGUCAGUGAUUUUAUCGUCUUUUACGAUGUACCCUAAUAAAAAAAAU